AUGGCGUUUUGCAUGUGCUGUGUACUAAUAUUUUUUCCGGCGGCGCGAGUAUCUGGUGCCUGUGGAAGCCCGAGGUUGCUUUCUCUACACAUAGUUGGAACUGCUAUCGAAGGCACUAAGCUAAGUGUUGAAAAAAAAUAUUGGGGUGGUGAUGAGGGAGACUCAGUUUUCCGCUGGUUCCGAAUUAGUUCAGAUGGCAUCCAAAUUGAAGUUAAUGGUGCCAUUAAUUCAUCAUACAUGCUCUCUGUUGAUGAUAUUGGGCUUUUUAUAUCGGUUUCAUGUGAGCCUGUCAGAAUUGAUUGGGCCCGCGGUCCCAUUGUCCUUUCUGAACAAAUUGGACCAAUUGUAGCUGGGCCACCGACUUGCCAGUCGCUUGAAUUUCUUGGAUCAUUUAUUGAAGGAGAGCGUUUGAGCUUUGUUGCAUCUUACAGUGGAGGUGAAAAGGGGGACUGUUUGUAUGAAUGGUUUAGGGUGAAGGAUAGUGGUGUUAGGGAGAAACUGAAUGCUGGUGGGUUUUUAGAUUUAACUUUAGAGGAUGUGGGAGGUGCUGUGGAAGUUGUUUACACACCUGUGCGAAAAGAUGGAUUGAAAGGGACUUCGAGGAGUGUAAUAUCCAGUCCCGUUGCUCCUGUAAUCUCACUUUCUAAACUUUUCUAUCUACUGGCACAUAAUUUCUACAACUUUACAUGCAACAGCGGGCCCUAUGGGUGUGGGGCUGCAAAUUCUGAUUGCUGUGAGGACAAGGAAGUUGUCCCUCAAAAGACAUACUUCGGAGGACAAGAAGGUGUUGGACAAUAUAUUUGGUACAGGACGAAAAUUAAGCUCCAUGAAUCUGCUCUGAUGGACAUAUCGAAUUCUGCUGAGGAUGUUUUUAUAUGUAGCAACACUUUAACAUACACCCCUUCACUUGAAGACGUGGGGUCCUAUUUGGCUUUAUAUUGGCUGCCAACUCGUUCAGAUGGCAAUUGUGGAAAGCCAUUGGUAUCAAUUUGCGACGCUCCAGUCACACCAGCUCUUCCAGUAGUUUCUAAUGUUCGUGUGAAGCAAGUGUCCUCAUCUGCUUAUUCUGGGGAAGGACAAUAUUUUGGUGGACAUGAAGGAUCAAGCUUGUUUAGCUGGUAUAGAGAAACGGACGAGGGAACAAUCAUUCUCAUCAAUGGAGCCAGUGCUAAAACUUACAUAGUUACAGAUACAGAUUAUAAUUGUCGUUUGUUGUUUGG